CACAGUAGAUGCCAGCAGAGCAGCCCAUCCAACUCUCUCUUCCUCUCUCCUGAAGCCCGACCCGGCAGUUGACGUCCAGCUCCAACAACACCGUUGAUCCCCUCCUCCGGCGCCGGCGUCCUUUCUCGGCUAUCGCCCCCCGCGUCGCCCUCCACAUCCACCUUGUUUUCUGCUCCGACGCAGCCAUGAAUUACAUCAUCGGCGCAUUCAAGCCGCCCUGCGACAUCUUCGUGACCUUUUCCGAUGAGAGGUGCCGGAAGCAGGUUGCAGUCAAGAAGGAUAAUGGGAAGACGGCGAUGGUGCCGGCGUUCCAGAGCCUGGAGACCAUAGCCGGAGAGGUAUCAAUAGCGCCUGUUCCUGGUAAAAGGAUUGAGCACAUGGGUGUUAAGAUUGAGCUGCUUGGUCAGAUAGAGUUGUAUUUCGACAGAGGCAACUUCUACGACUUCACUUCAUUGGUGCGUGAGUUAGAUGUUCCUGGUGAAAUAUAUGAAAGAAAGACAUAUCCAUUUGAGUUCUCUACUGUUGAAAUGCCAUAUGAGUCAUACAAUGGAACAAAUGUCAGACUGAGGUACAUCCUGAAAGUGACGAUUGGUAGAAACUAUGUUGGCAAUAUUGUGGAAUGUCGGGAUUUCUGUGUAAGGAACUAUUCUCCGCUUCCUUCGAUCAAUAACAGCAUCAAGAUGGAAGUUGGAAUUGAAGAUUGUCUGCAUAUUGAGUUUGAGUACAGCAAAAGCAAGUACCAUCUCAAGGAUGUCAUUGUAGGAAAGAUCUAUUUUCUUCUAGUCAGAAUAAAGAUAAAAAACAUGGAGCUUGAGAUUCGCCGCCGGGAAUCAACAGGAUCAGGUCCUAACACAUAUGUUGAGACUGAGACACUUGCUAAAUUUGAGCUGAUGGAUGGUGCCCCAGUCAGAGGAGAAUCUAUUCCAGUAAGGCUGUUCUUGACUCCAUACGAGCUAACCCCGACUUACCGCAACAUAAACAACAAGUUCAGUGUCAAGUACUACCUCAACCUGGUCCUUGUGGACGAGGAAGACCGGAGAUACUUCAAGCAGCAAGAGAUAAACAUGUUCCGCCUUGACGAAAUUCCACAGCCUUCAUAGACUCCUGCUGCUCGGAACCUGGCCUGAAUCGUGUGUUGCAAGAGUUAGCAAUUUGGCAUCCUGCUAUGCUGUAUAUAACUCUCCAGGAGAGCAUGCAGUGCAGUUCCAAUGUACCGUGCGCUGUCUGGUUACGCCUUUUCCAUAGCAAUCUGGUUUGGAUACAAUCACUGAAAUGCUGGAUUGCGGACUUUUGACCAUUUUCAUUUUCCGUCCUCUUGUGAGACAUUUUUUUUCCUCCUUAGACGCUUGUCAAGCAUCUUGAGAUAACCAAUUGUAUUUGAUAUUUGCUUCAUGUUGUUUAGAUCGUUCAGGCUAUCGACGCUCAAGCCAUUUUCAUGUGGUUUGGAGUCAGCAGAUUUUA